UACAGAACCAAUUUAGAUUGAACAAAAGAUUAGAUUAAAUAAUGUAAUUGAUAUAAGCCUUCUUGUUAUCCUUAGUUGUUUGCCUGAGUUCUUCAUCUUGUCAGCUUAGUACUACAUCUGUCUGUGUCAAGGAUUCCAAUGACAACCCAAAAUGUAUGUGUGCUUUGGGCAGAGAUAGUGAUGGAACCUGCAACACAUAUAGCAGUUUGUACAUGGUGAAUUCAACCUCUCCCCAUUUCGUACCUCCAACCCCAGGACUGGGAACCACUAUUCAGUGCGAUACAGGCCAGCAUGAUUGUCAAUUUUCUGCGUUUAUACUUUCAAGUGAGGCAGCAAAGGUGUCAUCUUUUGGUGGUAACAAAUUGGGAACUUUCACUGUGGAUGUGACAGACUGCGUCAAAGAAGGAAGCGAAUCAGUCUGCAAGGCAGUGAUAAAACUCACCAAGUCCUCAAACACAAAACUUGAUCAUACGCCAAAGGAAUACGAUCUCUGUCUGAACGUAGCUAAGACUGCAAGUCCACUAAUAUUUACUGACAAAUCUUGUGUCCGCGUUAUGGUACAACCAAAAGGUUAGUUUACCUCUA